UAUCACAAAUGUUUACAUAUUCGAUAAUUCGGCUUGUGGCAAUAUUGUGGUAGAGGUUCCAGCUCAUCACAUUCACUUCUGUCGAUAUUUUCACUCUUUCAUUAUCGAAAAAUGGAAUACCUCAAGCCAGUUAUUUUGCAGGUGUUAAGUCCGCAAUGCUAUGAUGAGUUUUUCCUGAACUUCAACUUUUUCCAUGUGGAAUGUUUGAAGGCUGCUCUGAGCAAAGGUCUUGGACUUGGAAUCAUUGCAGGAUCAGUACUAGUCAAGGUACCACAGAUAUUAAAACUCUUCAAUGCAAAAAGUGGCGAGGGCAUCAAUUUGACAGCAAUUUUCAUGGAGUUGUUCGCCAUUUCUGCCAACAUGGCCUACAGCUUCAGGAAUGAAUUUCCUUUCAGUUCAUGGGGCGAAGGUUUCUUCUUGGCCGUCCAGACAGCCGUCGUUGCCGCGCUCGUCUUACUUUACGGUUCCGGUGCCAGCAAAGGGAAAAACGCGGGCAAAUCCGCAGCUGGACGUAGCGGCAGUGCCGUGUCGGCCGUUUCAUUCCUCGGCUGUUUCUCUGCCGGCCUGGCUCUUUUGCUCAGCCCACUAGCGCCAAUGCAACUGUUGUGGCUUUUCCAAGCGUCCAUCGUGCCCAUCAUCGUCAUCUCUAAGUUGAUUCAAGCGGUGGCCAACUACCGGCAAGGCAGUACGGGCCAGCUGUCGGCCGUGACCGUUUUCCUGUUGACGGGUGGCGCCGCUGCUCGCAUCUUUACAUCGAUCCAGGAGACGGGCGACUCGAUGAUGAUCCUCACGUACGUCGUGUCGACAUUCGUCAACUGCAUCAUCGCAUUGCAGGUCAUCUAUUACUGGAACAGCGGCAAGAGCGGCAAGGCUUCUGGCAAGAAGAAGGCCGCCAAAGCUAAAAAGAACCAAUAAUUUCAUCAUUGGCCCAGCGCAGGACAAAUAAGAUACGUCAUCAUUUUUUGUUUUUCUUAACAUCACCUUGUGAAUUCUCCCGUUCUUUUUUUUUGAAAAUCAUUAGCCGUAAGGUAUAAAAGCGUCGCCACUGCCGUUGGACAUUUCCAAAAGUUUGCAAUUUGUUAUAGUUUUGGAUUUUGAAUGUUUUCAUCAUUUCCAGGCGAGUGGAUAUGCGUGCAGGGUUUAUGGUUGUGAACAAAUAACAACGAACGUGAAAAUAAAAUGUUUAUUGCCUGGGAAA